AUGCCAUCCGCUACACGUCCCCUCAACAUUCUCAUAUCUGGCUCCGGUAUCGCCGGUCCUGUUACAGCAUACUGGCUGCAUCGCUUCAUGCCAGCAUGCCAAAUCACCAUUGUAGAACGUGCGCCCGAACCAAGACUAGGUGGGCAAGCCGUAGAUCUUCGCUCUUCAUGUUUGCCAAUUGUGAAGAAGAUGGGAGUAUUGGACAAAGUGAAAGAGAAGACUACAACCGAAGUUGGCAUGCAAUUUGUAUACCGGGAUGGCCAGAGGCGGGCGACUUUUGAAGCUACCGGAGAGGAGGAGAGACAAAGUGCAACAAGCGAGUACGAAAUCCUGCGAGGCGACAUGGCACGCAUCGUCUAUGAACUCACAAAACCCAUCCCAAAUAUAACCUACAUCUUUGAUGAGAUGGCCACCGAAAUCAAACAGGACGAGUCCAAAGACGGCAAAGCCCUCGUCACCUUCAAGAACGGCAAACUCCCUCCCACAGAAUUUGACGUCGUCAUAGGGUGCGACGGCCAAAUGUCACGAACCCGCCGCAUGGUUUUCGGUCACGGACCUAACAACGAUGACUACCUGUACCGUCUUGGACAGUACUCUGCUCUCUUCACCAUGCCUCGCGAUCCAACCGACACCCAGUAUGCACAGUGGUACAAUGCAUCGCGUGGCCGGCUCUUCUUGUUACGGCCUGAUCAGUAUGGUACGACGAGGGCUUAUCUCGCUGUUACCGAUGCGAACCUGAGUCGCUUCGACGAGCUAGACAAGUUGCUGAAGAACGGAACAAGGGAAGAGCAACAAGCGUGGUUUGAAAAGGAGUUCGAAGAUGCGGGCUGGCAAACCGAACGUUGUAUACGAGAGAUGAAGAAGGCGGAUGACUUCUACAUGCAGCAGAUUGCGCAGGUGAAGAUGGACACCUGGCAUAAGGGAUGUGUGGCUCUGGUGGGUGAUGCGGCGUAUUGUCCGAGUCCAAUUUCUGGUGUUGGUACCGGAGCAGCUAUAGUAGGCGCCUACGUUCUCGCUGGCGAGAUCUCCCGCAACCAAGAUGAUAUCCCUACCGCACUAGCAAACUACGAACGCGUUGCCCGAGAAUACGUCGACAAGGCGCAGAAGCUCAUUCCAGGUGCACCGCAGAUUGCAAACCCGCAGACCGAGUGGGGAAUUAAGAUAUUCAAUACUGUGACCGGCACGCUUUCACAUCCGUAUAUUCAGAAGUUCAGUGGCGUACUUGGAAAGAUUCUUCCGGCGUUUGGCUCGACGAAGAUUUGGAGCCCGCCGGAGUAUGAGUCGUAG